GCGGGGGCGGCGGCGGCGGGAGGCCAUGCCUCCAGCUGCGGAGGCUGCCGAACAGCUGGAGCCAUCGCGGUCACCUGCGCGGCGCCGUCGCCGUCGCCCUUGCGCCCCGGCUGCCCGGCCCGCGGCCGGCGGACUUUGCGGAGGGCGCCCGGCGUAGGCGGCGGCGAGUGUGGGCCGAGCCGGUAUUUAUAGCUCGGUGACAGCAGCGGCGGCAGCGACGCCGGCGGGCCGUCUCGCCGCUCUUCCCAGCGAGGCCGCCGGCGCGGCGGAGGGCUGUGCUCGCCCGGCUCUCCGGUGUUGCAGACACCCCGCGCCCGCGCGGCCCCAGCCGGUAAACAGCGGAAUUGAAGUUUUGAAGGAUGGGUAAAGACUUUCGUUAUUAUUUCCAGCAUCCCUGGUCUCGCUUGAUCGUGGCUUACUUGGUGAUCUUCUUUAACUUCUUAAUAUUUGCCGAGGACCCAGUUUCUCAUAGCCAAACAGAAGCCAAUGUUAUUGUUGUUGGAAACUGUUUUUCAUUUGUAACAAAUAAAUACCCUAGAGGAGUUGGCUGGAGGAUCCUGAAGGUGCUUCUAUGGCUACUUGCCAUUCUCAUAGGACUAAUAGCUGGCAAAUUUCUGUUCCAUCAGCGUUUGUUUGGUCAGUUGCUCCGGUUAAAAAUGUUUCGAGAGGAUCAUGGGUCAUGGAUGACAAUGUUCUUCAGCACAAUUCUGUUUCUCUUCAUAUUUUCUCACAUCUACAACACGAUUCUUCUAAUGGAUGGGAACAUGGGAGCAUAUAUCAUUACAGACUAUAUGGGCAUCCGAAAUGAAAGUUUCAUGAAAUUAGCUGCAGUAGGGACCUGGAUGGGGGACUUUGUCACAGCUUGGAUGGUCACGGAUAUGAUGCUUCAGGACAAACCCUAUCCUGAUUGGGGAAAAUCUGCAAGAGCUUUCUGGAAGAAAGGAAAUGUUAGGAUCAUUUUAUUCUGGACGGUUCUGUUUACUCUCACUUCUGUGGUUGUACUUGUCAUUACAACUGACUGGAUCAGCUGGGACAAGCUGAAUCGGGGAUUUUUGCCCAGUGAUGAAGUUUCCCGAGCAUUCCUGGCUUCUUUCAUCUUGGUCUUUGACCUCCUCAUUGUAAUGCAGGACUGGGAAUUCCCACAUUUUAUGGGAGAUGUUGAUGUAAAUCUUCCUGGGUUGCACACUCCUCACAUGCAGUUCAAGAUUCCUUUCUUCCAGAAGAUCUUCAAGGAGGAAUAUCAUAUUCACAUAACAGGUAAAUGGUUUAACUAUGGAAUUAUCUUUCUCGUCCUGAUUUUGGAUCUUAAUAUGUGGAAGAACCAGAUAUUUUAUAAGCCUCAUGAGUACGGACAGUAUAUAGGCCCAGGGCAGAAGAUAUACACAGUGAAAGACUCCGAAAGUUUAAAGGAUUUGAACAGAACCAAACUUUCCUGGGAAUGGAGGUCCAAUCACACUAACCCUCGGACUAAUAAAACAUAUGUUGAGGGAGAUAUGUUCUUACACAGCAGGUUCAUAGGGGCUAGCCUUGAUGUCAAGUGUCUGGCUUUUGUUCCGAGUUUAAUAGCUUUUGUGUGGUUUGGAUUCUUCAUUUGGUUCUUUGGACGGUUUUUGAAAAAUGAGCAAGGCAUGGAGAAUCAAGACAAAACUUAUACUCGCAUGAAAAGAAAAUCACCGUCAGAACAUAGCAAGGACAUGGGGAUCACUCGAGAGAACACACAGGCCUCAGUGGAAGACCCACUGAAUGACCCUCCUUUGGUUUGCAUCAGGUCUGACUUCAACGAAAUUGUCUACAAGUCUUCCCACCUAACGUCAGAAAACUUAAGCUCACACUUGAAUGAAUCUACCAGUGGGACAGAAGCCGAUCCAGAUCCAACAACUUCUAAAAGUACACCUACGAACUAGAUUCACUUACUUGGAGACAGCACAAAAAGCAACCUUGAGUGUAACUUUAAAAAGUUAGUCUUUCCUUUUGUAAAUGUAAAGUUUACGUAGUGUUAGGUAAAGAAACACAAACAAUGCCACAACGGUGCUCAACAUGCUUUUUCUAGGACUCAUUGUUUUCUAUUUGUAUUAUAAUCUACGUGCCUCCUGUAUAUCUAACAGUCCUUUAGAGAUUGCUUUUCACAAUUGCACAAGCUAUUUACUGACUUUACAGCAUAGUAGAAGAUUAGCUGAUUACCCGUGUAUCUGAUGUUCAACCAUAGUGGUGCCUUGAGACAUUAAACUGUUUUUAACUGUACCAGAAAUGAAGUGUGGAACAGUUCUCUAACCUACUUCACAUGGGGUGUUUUUUUUUUUUUUUUGUAUACAAUUAUUUUUGAUCUACACUUGAUGUCUUAGCAGGAAACAGAUAUAGCCAAUAUGUGGCUUAGGAAGUAUCUCUUUUACCUAUUCAGCAGUGGAGUUGGUGACUCUGACAGCAGGAUUGCAGAGAGGCAUGGUGAUUGCCUUUGAAUUUGUAUUGGCUAUCUGCCAAAUACAAAUACAGAUUCAAAAUUCAGUAAUAGGAGAACGAUAAUCCAGCAUGGGUCACUACUUGUGAAAUGUGACUUUCUCCAACCAGUAAUUGCAAUUAGAUGAUAAUACCUAAUUAUGUUUUCCUAAUUAAAGAUAAAUUGCUACUUGAUUAAAAAUCCUGCCCUUCACCUAUGGGAACAAAGGUUAAGAGGCACAGUUGGAUGAACUCUCAAACUUAUUGGCAUUUACACAAAGCUCUAGAAAACCAAGGAACUGAAGUUUUAAUCAUGUGAAGGUUGUACAGCCUACUAUCUACAAUAUUUGUACAUCUUUCUGUAAAUAUGGCUCUGGACAAUGAAAAUUGAACAACCUAUGCCAACCCUGAAUAAGGGAACUCCUCUAAAAAUUAUGCAGCAGAACCUUGUGAGGUAGAAAAAGAAGUGCAUGAAAGAAUCUAGUAGCUUGUUUUGUGUGUUUUUUGUUGUUUUUUUUAAGAAUUAAACAUCAUACAUUAAUAAAUAUGAAUUAUACAUCAGUGAAUCCGUGAUGUAGUUUUUUGUUUAUAAUGGAUUCAUUUGUAUAUUAAUUUAACAACAGCCCAUUUAAUUUUAACUUGAUGCCAGAUGAGUUAAAAAAUGGAACAUACCCAACUUGCUUUUAAUUUUGUUCCAUAAAUUGUGGUUGCAUGUUCUUCAGGGGGUUGGGGAGAUCACUUUUAAGGCAAAAUUAUUCUCCUGUCACAUACUGACAUAACUGUAUUUUGUCUUUAUGAUUUUUAAAAUAUCUCUUGAUCUAUCUGCUUUUAAGCUUGCAGCAUGCUGAAUUUAGCAUGUGUGAUAGAACUAUGUAUUUAUCUGUCACUUGAGAGCCAGCUUUAAUAAACACUUUCCUACAAUUGUUUACUAAGCAA